UGUCUCUGCACUGCACACUGCAUACUGCUGCCCACUGUCAACCACCACAGCACAGCAACAGCAUCCUCCACAUCCAGCUGGAACCAUGCAGUCUGCCGAGGCCAGAUUUAACAAAAACAGCCUGUUCCUGGCUCUGAGAAAAUACAGCUCGGCCGUCAGGGACAUGGAGCAGACCAUUCUCCUGCCAAGCCUGCUGCGAGACGUGCCCUCUGAUGAGGUGUGGGAUUGUGAUGCAGCAGAUGAGUCCUGCAGAGACUUAUACGACCACUACCUGAUGUUCAAGGCAGUCAGAACCACCGUGGAGAGCGGCUUGAUUUCCAUGGAUGACCACAAGGCCAAGAAAAACAUGACGCUGAACAAGACGCUGGAGCCUCUCUUGGACACGGACCCUGAAGCGCUCUUCUGCUUCCACCUGAGAGGACUGUUCUCUGUGAUGAGUGACCUCAGCAAGAAGUCUCAGAGCCUUACUGAGAAAUACAUGGACAUUAUAGGAGUCACAAGAUAAAAAACAAAAUGAAUAUUUGGACAUCAAGCUAAAUCUCUGGUGUUGUUAUUCAUGUAACACAGUCAUCUGCAAACGUCUUAAACUUGGUAACCCAAUGCUCUUAACUUAAGGACGGAAGAAUAAACAUGCAUUGCCAAAACUGA